GUGUCUCUUCGUCUGGCGUCUGUCUGGCGUCUGUCUGGCGUCUGUCUGAGCGAGUGUGAGAGGACGAGAGUUCUUGCAGGGGUCGAAACAAGCGGAGGUCUUCCCCCAGAAAAGCCCUCCUCUCCUCUACACAGGAAAAAAGGUGGUCCCAUUCCGAAAACACCGUUUCGAGGCGAGCGCUCCGCUUUUCUAACCCUUCUCUUUCCCUCCUUCUCGCGCGGUAAGGCUGAGGUCGGAGCGCCGGCGCCGUCGCUCAGCGCGUCGGUUCGAUCAGACGGGCGGCUCGUUUGAAGUGGACUAAAGUUUUGAGAAAAUCUGCACCAAAAAAACCCGGAGAGAACAGCUGAGAGUGGGGUGAGGAGGCUGGCGUUGGCAAGCUGGAGGAUCCUUCCCCGCGACUCCCUCCGUGUGUGACGGAAUCCUGAAUAAGACCGACCGUCGUGCGCCGCCUGAGGAGACGUUAGUUUUCUGGUGCUGCUUUGUGACCUUCAGUGUUGAGCACGGCCCUGGAGGCUUCUGCCUGUGCUUUUGACUGCUGCGGCCCAGUGCCGUAUGCUGAUUGGCUGCUUGCCUGGGCGAUGAGGAUGUGCUGCUGGCAUCAAGGAGGAAGGAUUCUGACGUGAUGGGGUGCAGGACGAGCAAGGUCCUCCCAGAACCACCGGCAGAUGUCCAGCUAGACCUAGUCAAGAAGGUAGAGCCUCACCAGACUGAUGUCUAUAAGAACUUCAACGUGGGGGACAUUGGCGCAGACAAAACCGGCUCGCCCUCGCCUCAGAGCCAGGGCCAUGCUGCUGCGGUGGCUGCUGCCCCCCAGUCCCCACCCAACGGUCAAGCUGAGCCUACUAACCCCCGGCGCAGCAAGGUGGCCAAAUACAGGGCCAAGUUUGACCCUCGGGUGACUGCCAAGUAUGAGAUUAAGGCCCUGAUUGGCCGGGGCAGCUUCAGCCGGGUGGUGCGAGUGGAGCAUAAGAACACGCGACAGCCAUACGCCAUCAAGAUGAUUGAGACACGGUACCGCGAGGGCCGUGAGGUGUGUGAAUCAGAACUGUGUGUGCUGCGCCGUGUGCGCCACACCAACAUCAUCCAGCUCAUGGAGGUGUUUGAGACAGCUGAGCGUGUGUACAUGGUGAUGGAGCUGGCCACUGGCGGUGAGCUGUUUGACCGCAUCAUCGCCCGUGGCUCCUUCACUGAACGGGAUGCCACUCGUGUGCUGCAGAUGGUUCUGGAAGGUGUGAAGUACCUGCACACUCUGGGGAUCACACAUCGUGACCUGAAGCCAGAGAACCUGCUCUACUACCACCCUGGUGCCGACUCCAAGAUCAUGAUCACGGACUUUGGCCUGGCCAGCACGCGCAAGAAGGGUGAUGAGUGCCUGAUGAAGACCACCUGCGGCACUCCUGAGUACAUCGCCCCGGAGAUCCUGGUGCGCAAGCCGUACACAAAUGCUGUGGACAUGUGGGCCCUGGGAGUCAUCUCCUACAUUCUUCUCAGUGGCACAAUGCCCUUCGAGGACGACAACCGCAUGCGACUUUACAGGCAGAUCCUCAAAGGGAAGUACAGCUUCUCUGGAGAGCCGUGGCCCAGUGUGUCCAACCUGGCAAAGGACUUCAUUGACCGUGUGCUGACGGUGGACCCCAGCGAGCGUCUGACAGCCGGCCAGGCACUCAAACACCCCUGGAUCGUCAGUAUGGCUGCCUCGUCAACCAUGAAGAACCUGCAGCGCUGCAUCUCCCAGAACCUCCUGAAGAGGGCAUCCUCGCGCUGCCACAGCACCAAGUCAACCCAGUCCACUCGCUCGACCCGUUCGACCAAGUCCAGCAGAGCACGGCGCGUCCGGGAGAAGGAGUUGAGGGAGCUCAACCGUCGCUAUCAGCAGCAAUACAAUGGCUGAGAGAGGAUACACACUCACAUACACACAGAGACUGAAGAGACCCACGUAGGAGCCAAAGGGACCCAUAGGAGGUGGAGUGGUGUGGAGCCGUUGUGUGUGUGUGUGUGUGUGUGUGUGUGUGUGCGUGUGUGUGGGGGAAAAACUCCCUAAAGGAUUCGCACCCGACCACAGAGCCAAUAAACGUCUCACUCGUCUUUCAGUCCAUCUCUAUUGCUCUUCUUCUCUUUUUGUUCCCCUUAUUUGUGUUUCCCCCUUAUUUAUUUAUUGUUGAUGUUUUUUUCGUUAUGUUGCCGUCUUUGAAGUUACUGUUUCAUCGAGCAUUUUAUCUGAUUGUAUCUGUUGAACAGAGUUCUACAUGAUGAAGUUGCUGGAAGGAUUACUAAAUACAUGUGGCUGUUCUGAGUCCUUCCUUCAUUUUGCUGUGAAUUAUUUUGUGAGGGCGCCGUUACGGUCGGCGGCUUCUCUGGGAGGGGAAAGUUUAUGCUGUCAAUCAGAUAUUUACAACAUGUCCUGCCUAAAUCGAAUCUCUUGUGCCAAAAACAUCACUUGAGGUGUGAAGGUCAAAGUAGUCUUUUAUGUGUCUAAAGAAACCACUUGGAUGAAGUCAGUCUGUAGGAGGAUGUUGAACCGGAAGAUGCCAAAUAUGUGGCUGUCGUCCAGUGACUCCGCUUCAGCCAGUCACACCUGCUCUCCAGGUGGAUCCUGCAGUCGUAUCUGUCGUUGGUCAUGAAAAGAAGCGGGAAUAUCUUCGAUUGAGUUGAGAACGUUUUAGCAGAGAUGCACCGAUUAGAAAUUGUUAUAGCUGAUUCCGAGUUCUGUAUGGAUUAACUGAACACAUGAAACCCAAAAGUCACAGUAGAAGUCACGUCAUUGUUCUUUAAGGGACCGCACUGGCUUUGUAAAUGUAAAAUCAGUUGCCUGUUCUAAUAAAAUACAUCAAGCACAAUUAGUUAUUUCUAAUUACAUUCUCACAGGUGUAGCAGCGUCAAAAUGCAGCAAGAUCUUAGCUGCAUCGCGUGAUUGGAGCAAAAAUCUGCUGAUUCCCGUUGUGCAUCCCUAGUUUUCAGCAUCGGUUACAAACAUGGCAAAUCUGAUUAAGCUGUGUGCAAAGUUUGUUUCGACUACAGACCCUGUAGAGAGUCUUGUGCUCCUGGAUAAAUAUCAUCAUAUGAAUACAACUGAAUGCAAAAGUUUGUGCGCCCCUGGUCAAAUGAGAUUUUAUUUUCUAUUGAGAACACACAACUGCACACGUUAAUGCACAGGUUUUUUGAUUAUUUGCUUAAUUUAAACGGUGUAAAAUAAUAAAACAGAAAAUGGGGCCCACGCAAAAGUUUAUGCACAUUUAAUAUUUUAUUUUUUUUCCAAAUAUGUUAAAGUUAGCGAAAAAGUGUUUGUUUGUUCCAUGAUUGCUGAUGUUAACUUACUUUUUAAAUCAAGAAAACAAGAUAAUUUGAUCAAGGGUGCGCAGUUUUUUGUUCACACUGCCAAUAAUUCCUUUGAAGUGUGAGCGAUGAAAUGUGUCUAGUCUGAAUCACUUCACACACCUGCUGCGCGUGCUUUGAAAGUGUGCUCAUCUUCCUCGUUCUUACAGUAAAUGUCUGUACUUGAUCAGAGGUUUAUUUGGGUGACACUUUACUGUAGAGUUCUGUUCAUAAGGCUACAUAUGACAUGCAUAAGCUUGACAUAGUCCUACUAAUAGGCAUCAUCUGCCAUGAAGGCUACUUUAGUCAACUUUGGUCAAAAUCGGCGAACGUAACCUUUAUAGCGAUUGACGCCUGGUGGAACUGGCAUUUCUAAACAUUUAUGUAGGUUAAUGUCAGUUGACUGGACAAGCGUGUGCAGGUGUGAUGAAGCCUUAUGAGCCGUCCCUGACAGUAAAGUGUUACCUGUAUUGGUUAUAGGCAGAGGUAGUGAUGCUUCUUUGGCUACAGAACUUUAUUUUGCGUGGUUUCUCUUUUAAAGACAGUAUUUGUCCAAAAGAAAUACAGCAGCUGUUUGAAUUCCAUUGUGUCUUAAUUUAAGCGUUAUCUUGAACUCGUCUUGAAGUUACCUUGAAAGGACAAUACAGCAUUCCUAAAAUAUCCACACUAUAUUAUCCUGUGAAUUUCAAAGCUAAACGGUUCCAUCCAGAGCACCUGUAGCGCAAUAGGAACCAGGCUGUUGAAGGAGAACACAGUCGCCUGGCUGAUCUUUCCCAUUCACAAUAUCUCUUACGUGCUGAAGUGAUUUAUUUUCAUUAGGAUCACCAACAGAAGUGACUUUCUGGUUCAGUAAUUGUAUGUUGGGAAGACCACUGUUUGUAUGUGGGAAGACCACUGUUUUGUUUUAUGCUUUUCUGUCUUUACUAAACAGGCAAGUUACUUUCAUGGAAGGACAUUUUCUUACAACUGUAUGUUAGUAGUUUGAAUUUGUAGUUUGUUUACUAAUUAAAGGAAAUAAAAGGAGGUCUCUGCCACUUGCCGGUAGAGGAAAAUUGCUGCCAAAAACAUUAAGAGGAAAAGUUGAUGGAAUCGCCAAACCGUACAGUACGUGGAAUUGUGUGUUUAACUCCGGUGCAAGUGUUGUCCAUUUGAUGAAACCAUUCCAACACUGUCUCCUGAAGGAAAAUGUGUCCAUGUAUGUCUUGUUUGUGUCUGAUUUUGUUUUAACGAAGGAUAAUAAGUCAUGUUAACUUUUUUUCAGAAUAGUGAAUCUGCUCGUUUUGUUUUUAUCAGAUGUCUCAAUUAAAGAAUUUCGACGUAGUUUCA